AUGAAGGCGCUAAUGGUGUUUAAUGUGGUAUCACUCGCCCUAUGCAUUACGGGCGAGUUCCUGCACGGACUCUACGCGUACCAGGACGGUGACUUAAGUGAAACUAUUGAGAGCAUCUGCCCAACCGUGGCGCGUAUCUCUGGCUUUUUACGCAUCGUAUUCUAUAUCAUCUAUCGGUCCGAAAUUGAAGACAUCCUCUUGAAGAUCCAUCAAGUAAUUCGAAAUGAACACCCACGAGAAAACGACACCACUAAGCGAAUGAAGAGACUGGGCCAAAAGUUUACCCUCUUCCUGAUGCUGUCAAUGUUUUUUGCCGCCCUGCUCUACGGUGUUACGCCGUUUUUCAUCAUGACCUACAACUGGUUCCAAGGGCAGCGCCCUCUCGUGAAGCUACUACCGUUCAAGAUUGCGCUCCCGUUUGAUUCCCAGAAGCCACUGAUCUUUUUCCUGGUAACGGUGUUCUUAAACUACGCCUCAUCGCCUACGAUCAACUCCCAAACGGGUUGUGACUCCCUGUUCAGUGGCGUUUGUCUGUACCUCAGUGGUCAGUUUGUGGCCAUUAGGCUGGAAAUUGAAGCCCUAGCCGCUAGCGUGGACCGUACAGCGUUGAAAGCCUCCUCUUCGGAGACGCAUCGCAUCAACGAAGAGCUAAAGCGCAUCAGCGCGCGACAUCAGCAAUUAAUCGACUUAGUGAACGACGCUCGCCAGGCAUUCGUCUCAAGCAUUCUGCUCGUGUACACCUGCUCUGCCCUCAUCAUUUGCAUUGUUUGCAUCGCGAUGCUCGUCGUACGUAGUUACACCCUUUUUGUGCGGAUAGAAGGACCCUCGCAACUCACGCACCCAUAUCCUGGCCGUUUUUCCAACCCACAGGUGCAGGGCAUCUAUAAGCUCACCUAUAUACCGUACGCGCUCGCGGAGCUGAUACUGCUGUUUUUGUACUCGUACAGCGGUACGAUCAUCCGUGACUCGAGCGAAGCCAUCCAAACGGUGGCGUACGGGUUUCCUUGGUAUCAGUUCGACCGCAACACACGCCACCUCAUCCAAAUGAUAAUGAUUAGGGCCCAGUACGGAUCGAAUCUGAACGUACCGUUCUUCGAACCAUCGAUGGAAAGCUUUUCGGUGAUCGUCCGGACGGCUUCAUCGUACAUCACGCUAAUGAACUCGUUCCUCUAA